ACAGUUUUUUCCUGGCUUUGUUUGGUGCUUCUUCUGACCACGCCUUCCUGACAGCUCCACCAUAAAGCAGCCAGGCGGUGUGUGUGUGCACCAGUUGAACUCCGGUCAGUGUGGACAGCAGGUGCACUACAGCCUCUCUCCACCUCGCCGUUGGAUAAUGCCCGCAGAGGAGCGCCGCUCGUUGCUUUGCGCAGGGCUUACUCAUCAUCUGCACUUUGAAUCUUAUUUGCACGUUUUUGUAUCCUGAUCACUUCCAGCCACAAAAAAAUGCCUUUUCCGCCUAUCAGCCUCCACCAGCGAAUCUCCUCACCUGGCAGGGAUCUUUUCGGGAAGAAGAAAGCCAACGGAGUGCCUGCUCACACUGAGCUCACCAGCAAAUCCGGCGGAGAGAAAGGGGGGUCGGAUAAGGAGAAGCAGUCCUCUUCUUGGACAUCGGCGAAUUUAAGAAAUUUGGGGCGAAAAGUAUAUCAAGAGAAGAGUAAAAGCCAAGCUCAGAAGGCAGGUGCCAGUCAGGAGACCCAGGGAAAAAGCUCCUGGCUAUCGGUACCCAAACCUCAGGACUCUGAAGGAGUCAGGCGCUCCAGCUCCAUGGACUCCGCCAGACACCUCCACGGCAGAGAGGAAGGGAAGAAGGAGAUCCAGUUCACCCUCAGUCUCACACCUGAAGCCAUUCUUGUCAUCCAAAAACGAAAUCUAGAAAAGCAGAUGAUUGCAAAGCAGCAGAAGUGUUGCGCCUCCGCGGACUUUCGGCACAGGCGAGUUUUUCCAUCCAAAAAGGCGCACGGAGCGUCAAAGGGCUGCGCGCCUGUAGCCAAAGCGGAGAGCGCCGAGCAGGACAUCACCGCCAUCGUUAAAAUAUCGCUUUUGAAUGAUCAGUACAAGUACGACGAUGUGGAGUAUGAAGAAGAGGAUGGAGACGUGGAUGAGACGGUUGUGAGGAAAUGUAAAGAGUGGCUGAGAGGGGUCGAGAAUGCCUCUGCUUUGGGAAAAGUCGACAAACUUUCUGCACUCCCGCACCUUAAAGGCUGCUGACACCUGACUUUUGAACUUUCAUUUUUCUUAACUUAAGAGAUGAUGGACUCGUGACAAGUGUGCACCGAUUUAGGCCUGCUGCAAUGGCAUCUUAAAUUUGAGUCAUGUAAAUGAAACCUUUGCAAAUGAGGGGAGAAAAUCCAGUCCAGAGUAAUGCCAAUGUGCGAGUUAUUUACUAAACUAUAUGUCACAGUGUAAACUCAUUACUUUGAAAUAAGAGGACAUUUCACAUUCACAAAAAUAAGAAUUUAAAUUACAUUCUGCGGCUCAGUCAACAGGGCAUCUUAUGGUUCACAUGGACGUUGCUUUGCGAGCUUGAUGUCUGUUCAAUGUUUUGUUGAAGUUUGAACUGAAUACCUUAAUAUUCUCGUCCUUUGCACAUGGUUUUUGUUUUCAGUCGGGCGCCUGUGGAUGGGCAGAGGGGUUUGCGUAAAGCGACGCGAAACCGUUCCUUUGUGUAGGAGAACAAUACGCUGUCAACAACAGGGCUUUAUACACGCCUGCUGCUGAAACCAAACUGGACUGUUUAUUUGUCCUCUAAUAAGAGGGUAUAUCCUUUUGUAGGGAUUUAUCAGCAAUGUACAGUAUUUAAUAUUGACUAAAUAUUUGUACUGUCAAACGUUUUCUCAGCUGAUGAUUUUAUGCCAUUUGAAGUAAAAUGUUUUUUAAAAUUA